ACCGGCACACUCAGCAGCGUAUAGGCCGUCCGACAUAAAGGAGUAUUUAUCCUGUCACCCCGUACGGUAAAGCCCCCUUCCUUGGGGGCCUUGCGAUACCACGUUGUCUCGGAAUCGGUGACCGACGAGUGUCAGCCGUCUCGAGCUUCGUCGCUGGCCAAAAUGCCAACUUUGCGUCAGUGCUUACGCAUACCGUCAUUUUCCUUGCGGCAGUAUUUCAGAGAUGCCCCCGACAGGAAGGCGAGAAGGUGCUUCUUCGCAGACCUAGCCGACUCAAUAGAGUCGAUCAGGGCGAGGCACCGUUCGCCGACUCUGCCAGCCGAAUCCCUGCCGGAUCUGAGGCAGAUGGGAGAAGAAGACCUCAUCGUCGGCGGCUUCUGCAUCCUCGUCACGGUCCUUGACCCGCCGUCUAGUCCCCCGCUCACUCCUGAGCAAUGCGCUGCGGUUCUACGAUCGAAAGCGACCAUAGAGCAUGAGCCGCAAUCGGGCUGGGACCUGUACCUCCACCUGGGAAGCGAGUACGGCGUUCGAUAUCGGAUGCGCGCCGAUGGCCAAGGCGCUUACGUCACGUCCCAGCACAAGGUCUUCCGGAUACGUGGUGACCCGUCUGUCAUCUGCAUAGUGCAGAUCCGCCAGUUUCCAUGGCAGUAUGUGAAAAGGCUAGAAGAUGCUCGGGAACUCAUCUCUAUCGUCAUGGGCUUGUGUCACAAGUCCACCAUCAUACUCGCAGAGGAACGCCGCCUCAAUUCUCGCACUUGGUGUUUUCUAGUGCUGAUGAAGCUUUGGGAAUGCGACCAACCCGCCGAUAAGCAUAUACCACCCGACGAGGUAGCGCGUGUUCAAGCCUUGCUUCAACGCAUCCUGCAGGAUGUCGUUAGUAGCUGGGUAAGGCGAGUUGCCGGUAGGAUGGGGCCCGGGCCCGCCAUGUGUCCCGUCGCUUUCUGGAGGCUGGACAGCUGGCCGUGGACUGCGUAUUACGGCGUACCCAGUGGGUGGACGGAUCUGCACCAACGCUCUCACCAUUAAGUGGACGUCGCGACCAUCUGCCGAUGCCAGGGGACUCCUUGGUUAUUGUCCAGGGCUGCAUCGUCGCGUAAUAGAAAACGUUGCAACAACUCAAGCAGAUUUGCUAAAGAAAGACUUCGCGUAUGCCAUCGUUAGCGUGAACACCAUGAUUUGUGUGUCCCUUAAUUCGAUUGCUGACUUGACAGGACGUCUGGCCUGUUCCAGUCAAAAGUAUCGAGAAGGUCAAAAUUGAAAUCAAGCUGUGUCGAGGAGUCCCACUCGAACGCUGCUGACGUGUCGUAGAUACUCGACGUUGCAUUUAACGUGUGGUUAAGAACACGUUCAAUGACCGACUUCGCAUCGCUGCAGGGAUUCCCGUUCGGACCUGACGGGCCAAGCCAGUCGAGGUACCCGAUCAGGAGGCUGAGC